CCCUCUCUUGACGUAUUAUAAAGUAGCUAAGCAACUCUAACAACCACCGAGAAAAGCUUUUAAAAACUAACAUUGUUCGCAAAUAACUAAAUAGAAGUAUAUUGAAUGAUCUGCAAUGAGUGACUCACCAUCUGCUCCCUCAAUGGGGGUGCCAGAAUCCGGUUCAGCAAAAAAGGUCAAAUUGUUAGAUCCAGUUGGAGAAGAAAAUGAAAAUGUUCCAUCUACACCUUUAUCAAGGGAGAGUGAACCCAAAGAACGAAAGCCAGCAAUGUCCCCAACAAAAGUUGAUGCAAACAAGUUUGACAUGCUGUGUGAUGGUGUCCUUAAUUCUAUAACACUUGUUCAGUCUGCAUUAGCUGAUUUUCUUGCAUUAAAAGAUGAAAUGCUGCUUCAUACCAUCCCUCCCACCCUGAUGGCUCAACUUGCAAUUGUUAGUGGUAAAUUAUAUCGAAGUACCACUGACAUGUACACACCAGUUACGGAGCUUGUUCGGCUAGUCCGUGUUUACUCAGUCCCGUGGGAAGAGAAGAGCGCAGCACUGAAAAAACUUCACACAGAUUAUGAGAGCAAGCACAAACAACUAAAUAUCGCAAUUCGACGUCUGCAACUGUUAGACAUGCAGUCUCAGAGGAUUGCCCGUGAGAAACGGAUUAUGAACUGGGAGAAGUUGUUCUCAAAGCUGACAAGCUGCAAGGGACAUGGAAGGAGGUGGAAAUUCUUGAUUGACACUUUCAAACAGAAGGCUAAGCUUGGAGAAGCAAGUACGGAAAAGCGUGUUAAGAUUGUUGAGCCAGAUAAACUAGGACGAACCAAGAGCAUGAUUGGAUCAAAAGCUAGGAGUUCAAUGGGAAGAAAGAAGAAGGACGUAGCUGAGGAUGAGGCCUGGAAAGAUGAAAGUUUUCAUCAUCUUGUGUUUAAACUGGACGAAGAACCAAGGCUAGAGAAACCAUCUCUUGAUUCUGUCUCUGAGAAAAAUGAUGAAGAAGCUGAAAGUACAAAUGUGAAUGAGGACACAACAGAGACUGGUGAUGCACCGAGAGAAAGAAAGAGGUCCAGGGUAGAAGAUCAGUUACGAUUGGCAGUUCUCACAGGAAGUUUUGAAGAAAUGAAUGCUAUGGCAACCAUAGAUGCAGCUGAUUUACAAACACUUGAAGUUGAAUUGAAAGAGUCUGUAGCUGACACUACCGACCAGGUCCCUGCAAACUUUCCUGUUUACCCCAUCAAAACCAGUGCCAAGAACAAAGACCAUCUACCAUGCGGCACGGUGCGCUUGGCAUUUUUCUACACCCGUGUCCAUAAACCCUUCACCCUUGACAAACAGACAGGAUCAAAGUCAAUUAAUGAGAUAGUAAUGGAUCUGACUGACAUUGAUCUGCGGGUGACAAGGAAGGAGGACUUACCGUGGAACAAGGAAUACCGCGACAGAUGUCUUUCAGCUCUUUCAUUGAGAUCUUCAGAGUCUGAUAAACCAGAAAUGGUGACAAGAGCAGAGUUUGAUAUGCUUAUUGAACAACACAACCAAGAAAUUGAGGUCAUGCAGGAAGACUUUGAAACACGAAUAAAAAGCCUUGCUGAAAGUAUUGCGAAGUUACAAAAUGAUCAGCUGAACGCUCUCAUGAAUCCUCAACUACAAGCUGGAGAUGGACGGUUCGGCUCACCUUUGCAUGGUUGGACUACAGAAGACAGGAAGAUGUUGGGGUCCAAGAACCAAAAACUUUCACAAUCAAAACAAAAAAGGCAACCAAAAAAUCUUCCCAAGUGGGGUAGUGAUUUACCAAAGGAUUUCUUCGAGCGACUUAAACUUUUCAAUGAGGAGAGCAUUCGACAUCAACAAGAAUUAGCGGACCGUGUGAAGGAAGAAGUUCGUUGUGUGAUAGAACAGCAAUUGGCGGGACAGUAUAAGCUUAGUACGCCUGCCACACAAGCAUCUGACCUUGAGAAAGAUGUUUGUUUACCAGCAGUUUUUAUGCCAACAAAAACAGCGCAGUUGUAUAAUCCUAGAGCACAUUCUUACUUCCAUCCAUCAGGUUCGACGGGACGUCUGCGACUGACCCAGCCACCGUCAAUGUUCCAGUUACCACCACUUCCGUCCAAUAAUCGCAUGUCUGUUAUAAAUUUGUUUGAUAUUCGUCGUAAUUUUGAAGAUCGUGGUCCAACGUGGACUAGUGCCCUUCAGCAACCACCUACCAACAUAGCCUCUUCUCAACCAGUCACUGUGCAGUCACCGACUAUUAUGGAGACCCUGGUUAGUGUAGAUGAAGAGCCCACUAGAUCAGCAACAUUUUGAGAUGCUUGUGUUGUGACUGGGGCACAUGUAAUAAUAUUUCCACCGUCACACGUUAUACCCCAACUCUUUCUCAAUUCCACUUCUUUAAGACUCAUCUUAUUCCAUAGUUACCUGGUUUUUAAGCGCUGUGGGACUGCCGGCAAAAAGCACUAUAUAAAUAUUCAGAUAUUUUUGUUAUUAAUAAUCUGCGGUGGGCGCUUAAGUUCACAGAGAAGCAAGUGCCGUUUUGCCAAGUGCGAUUAAGAAAUAACUGGUUUGUAUUGCGCUUAGAUAUAUAUUUGGUAAAAAAAAGUGCAAAUAGUCAAUUGAUCAAAAUGUAACAUAAAAUAUAAUAAAUAAAGAUGUAUAUUUUUUAUUAUGUUUAAAAAUAAAAGGCUAAAGUCAAUAGAUCAAAAUGUCUGUCUUAGGCAAAUAAAGAAGUCUUCCGUUUUUUAUAAGGUUUGAAAAUGAGAUUCAAUAGUCGAUUGAUCAAAUUAUCUUCCAAAAAUUUUGAAUAAAAAUGUUUGUGCUAAUGUGUAUAUUUUCCAAAUACGUAUAUGAGCAAAACUGCAGAAUACCCUCAAUGAAAUAAUGGAAUUGCCAGUCGUAUUUAGGCACAUUAUAUUUUUAGUGCUACCGAAUAUCCUAAAAAAUAAUGGAAUUGCCCAUCGUAAUCAGGGAUCUUGUUUUCUUGAGUCCUGCCUGAAUAUGUGAGGCAAUUUCAUUAUUUUCUUGUAUGCUCGAGGGUAAAAUAUCGAUUUUCCGUGACCUUGACCUUGUCCGUUGAACUUUUCUUCCGAAAAUUGAAAGCUGUGUUUCUUUGACUAUUCCACUGAAUUUUAUGAUGACCCAUUCAUUAGUUUUUGCGUAAUCUUGCUAACAGGCAAACAGCAGCGAAUACAUAACCUCCUUAAUGGAGAUAACAAACCGACUAAAGCCUACUGUCUCUUUGCAAGAACACCCCUCAAAAAUAAUAAAAGUGACUGAUCCCACCUCUGCAAUAUUUUUCUGCCUUUUUUACAAGCAAAUUGAACAACUAUGCAGUUGUAUGCAGGGGAAUUCCCGACGAUGGUCCAAGCUCCCCGGCAAGAGUUGUCCACACCUGAACGUUGGAUCGCCUCCCCCAGUCGGGAAAUAAAUUAAAUUUGUCGGAUAAUUUUUUUAUUAAACAAUAAUAACAUUUUGUGUUGAUAAUGGGAUUCUUUAUUUAAAAAGGAUAAUUUGAUAGAAACCAUGCAAGUUAAAAAAACCCCUGUCGGGGGUACUAACCCCCCUGCUGAAGGUACCAGCCCCGUCAUUAUUUGAGGCCUCCGCUGUUUCUUUAAUGGGGAAAAUAAAAACCCACAAAAAAUGCAAUUGUCGUCAUAAGGAUUUGAUGUUCAUGUCUAGGCAAGACAUAGUCCUCAAUGUGACUGUGUUGUGAAUGAAUUUGGAAUGGAAAAAUUGCCUCAUCUUCCUCAACAACAACAACAACUGUCGCUGCAUAAUUUCCCGCAUAAACCCUUCUUUUUUGGUCAACUUUACUUUUUCGCUUUAUAUAUCAAUAAAAUGCAACAGAAACAUUUUGUCUUGAGUACGGUUUUAUAUCUAUUUUAUCAUUCACCACAUAUUUUAAUCAUGAUGAUUAUCUCAUAAUAUUGUAAUACUGUAUGUAUUAUAUUCAUAAUAAAAAUUGUUUCAUUUAUAA